AUGCAGAGCUCAGGGAAAUGGGGAAGAGUGAUUGAGAUCUUGAAAGUUCUAGAAGAAGAUUGCGCGACACCAAUCGCGAAACUGAGACAAGUGGCUGAUGCUAUGACUGUUGAGAUGCAUGCUGGUCUUGCAUCUGAAGGUGGAAGCAAGCUUAAGAUGCUUAUUAGCUAUGUUGAUAAUCUUCCUUCUGGGGAUGAGAAGGGUUUCUUUUAUGCACUGGACCUAGGCGGAACAAACUUCCGUGUCAUGCGUGUGCUUCUUGGUGGGAAACAAGACCGUGUUGUUAAACAAGAGUUCGAAGAAGUCUCAAUUCCUCCUCAUUUGAUGACCGGGGGUUCAAAUGAGUUAUUCGAUUUUAUCGCUGAAGCGCUUGCAAAGUUCGUCGCUACAGAAGACGAGGACUUUCAUCUCCAAGAGGGUAGACAAAGGGAAUUAGGUUUCACCUUCUKUUUUCCGGUUAGGCAGACAUCUUUGUCCUCUGGCACUCUCAUCAAGUGGACAAAAGGCUUUUCCAUUGAAGAUACAGUUGGACAAGAUGUUGUCGGAGAGCUUAUUAAAGCUAUGGAAAGAGUUGGACUUGACAUGAAUGUCACAGCUCUUGUCAAUGACACUGUUGGAACACUUGCUGGUGGUAGAUACUAUAACCCAGAUGUUGUUGCCGCAGUUAUUUUAGGCACCGGCACAAAUGCAGCGUAUGUCGAACGUGCACAUGCAAUUCCAAAAUGGCACGGCCUACUUCCCAAAUCUGGAGAAAUGGUGAUCAACAUGGAGUGGGGAAACUUUAGGUCAUCACAUCUUCCAUUGACAGAGUUUGACCACUCACUAGAUUUCGAGAGUCUGAAUCCAGGUGAACAGAUUCUAGAGAAAAUAAUUUCCGGUAUGUAUUUGGGAGAAAUCUUGCGUAGAGUUCUUCUGAAGAUGGCUGAAGAAGCUGAUUUCUUUGGCGACACCAUCCCACCGAAGCUGAGAAUACCAUUCAUCAUAAGGACCCCACACAUGUCUGCUAUGCACAGCGAUACUUCUCCGGAUUUGAAGGUUGUUGGAAGCAAGUUAAAGGACAUAUUGGAGGUCCCUACGACUUCUCUGAAGAUGAGAAAAGUAGUGAUCAGUCUCUGUAACAUCAUCGCUAGCCGAGGAGCUCGUCUAUCUGCUGCAGGGAUCUACGGAAUCCUGAAGAAAUUGGGAAGAGACGCAACAAAAGAAGGGGAAACUCAGAAAUCGGUGAUAGCCAUGGACGGUGGGUUGUUCGAACACUACACUCAGUUCAGUGAGUGUAUGGAGAGCUCAUUGAAAGAGUUACUCGGAGAUGAAGCAUCAGAGAGCGUCGAAGUGAUUCAUUCAAAUGACGGGUCUGGAGUUGGAGCCGCAUUACUGGCUGCCUCACACUCUCAGUACCUUGAGGAGGAUUCUGAAACAAGUUAA